AAUUUCCACCCCACUACGAAAAUUCUUUGUGUUUCUGGAUUUAAUAGUCUCUUUCUCUCUCUAUCUCGAUAUAUGUACAUAACUGUACUAAACGCUAUAAUACUAGUGCUGCCAAAUCUGCGUCUUAUUUACGAAGUUUACUACGGAAUACGAUAUUCAAAGAGAAAUGGAUAAAAACGUAUAACAGAACUUAUUUCUAAGUUGUAUUACUAUAUAUGAAUUUCCGUUUAAUACGAUGCGACCAUCCAUUGAGAUAUAUUUUUAAAUAUAAAUUGAACCGUGUUCAACUAAAAUAUGGGUGUGGGAUACGGGAAAGUCUGAUACAAAAAUGCCUCUAUCGGAGAUCCUUAACAUUAAUUGACACCGAAUUACUUUCCAAAAGCAAUAAUGAUAUAGAUCGCGUGGAAUAUGUAAAAUAUAAUCUGCUCGACUAAAAUAAAGGAAAGUACCAUUUCUGUUUAUUAUUCAAAUGUAUAGGAAGUCAUCAACUUCAUUCACCGAAGAAACGAUUCAUUGAGAAACACCGAAAAAAAACGCAAAAUAUUAGUAACUCUUCCAUCUUAGCUUUUUUAUACUUCAUGAUCAAUUUGAAAAGGUAGCUGCUUUCACCUCGGUACUGUGUCGUCGGAGUGUUAAAUAUUGAAAAAUAAAUGUUACAGUUCUAGUUCCUUUGAAUAAACUAAGGCACAAAAUGGCUCCAGUGCCUUUGGAGGGUCAUCAAACUCCUGUUACCAAUAACAUCCCACAGGAAGGAAAUCGUGGUGGUUCCAUUUCUCUUGGCAUACUUAUCGAUUUCAUUAUUCAACGCACUUAUCAUGAACUUACGGUUUUGGCUGAAUUAUUACCAAGAAAAACUGACAUGGAACGAAAGAUAGAGAUUUACAAUUUCUCGGCUAGAACUAGGCAACUUUAUGUACGAUUACUUGCAUUGGUUAAAUGGGCAAACAGUGCUUCCAAAGUUGACAAAUCUGCGCAUAUAAUGGCCUUUUUGGAUAAGCAGUCACUGUUGUUUGUCGAUACAGCUGAUAUGUUGGCACGUAUGGCUCGAGAAACACUAGUUCAUGCUAGGUUACCUAAUUUCCAUAUUCCUGCAGCAGUGGAAGUUCUAACAACUGGAACAUACAGUCGUUUACCAGCAUGCAUAAGAGAAAGGAUUGUCCCUCCAGAUCCAAUUACACCUGCAGAAAAAAGGAGUACACUUCAAAGACUAAAUCAAGUUAUUCAACAUAGAUUAGUAACGGGAAAUCUACUUCCACAGAUGCGGAAUUUAAAAAUUGAAGCUGGAAGAGUAACAUUUCUUGUAGAACAAGAAUUUUCAGUGUCGCUUACGGUUAUGGGAGAUGGACCAUCUGUACCUUGGCGGUUAUUGGAAUUGGAGAUUUUAGUUUCAGAUAGGGAAACGGGAGAUGGCAAAGCUUUAGUUCAUCCUUUGCAAACGCGAUAUGUGCAUCAAGUGGUUCAAUCAAGAUUGGCAGAAAGUACAAAUCCAUUAUCUGAAGUUUAUCACAUAUUACAUUAUUUUUGCCAGUCGCUUCAAUUAGAAGUAUUGUACUCUCAAACGUUACGAUUAAUACGAGAUAGAUUAGAUGAUCACAUUCACGUGGAUGAGUACACACCAGGGAAAUGUCUGUCUGUGUCAUAUUGGAGAGAGUUAACUAGUAAAGAUCCUAGAUCAGAAUUAGGAUAUAAGCUUACGGUGCAAGUGGAUCAGCAUGAUCCAGCUAGAUCACUUGCUAUAGUACAUGUUCCAUCGUUAGGUAGCAAAGAGAGUGAAAUAGCAGACAGAGCGAUCAGAUCAGACCAGUUAGCAAUGGAAUGUUUAUUGGUGCAUACAAUUUAUGUGCGCACUAGAAGUAGGUUAUUAGAUUUGAAACAAGAAUUGCAAUCAAUGUUAAAAGAUGUUGAGUGUACUCUAGCUGGUUCACCUGCUAUUCUGUCUGUUCCCAUUUUGCAACCUUGCUUGAGAGCCGAGCAUCUUUUAGUUACCGUUGAUACUCAUACUGGAAUGUUGCAAUGUCAUGUGCCACAGUAUGACGCACCUCUGGUUCCUGAAUUGACUGCUACUUUAAAUGGCGAUCAUUCUCGAUUACCGACCUUAAUAUCAGAACUCAGAUUCUGGAUAACACAAAGAAGAUGCGAAAAGACACUGCAACAUCUUCCAGCAACUUCUCACGAACGAUUGCCAAUCCUUCAUCAUCCUGAACAUCCAAUGUCAAAAAUUAGCAGACAUCGUAUGUUCGUUCAAUUACAUCGGCAUCCCACAGUGAUUUUAAUAGUGGCAUUUAAAGAGAAAGAAAGUUCACCGUGCGAAAUAGAAUGCUCAUUUUACCUUGCUGUAGUGAAACAUAGUUCCGUGGAGGACGAUCCUCACGACGACAGUAUCGAAACGGAGAUUCCAAAAAUGUAUUUGAAAGUUCAAACUUUAAUCGAGUUCGAUACUUUCGUCAUAACUCAUGGCCCUUUCACCAGUGUUGAUAACGAAGCUACCGAAGUAAACUCUAACAAACGCAGAAGCACAGGACCUAGUGGAAGGACCGACGCAAGCACUACGUUACAGAACAGACGAUCUAAGCAGCCUGCAUACUUUAUUCCGGAGUUAGCACACGUAGUCGCCCUUUGCGAUGAGAGAAUACCCUUUGUAACGUUGGCUCAAGAGUUAACUAAAAGAGAUAUAGCACAUCAGGGAUUACAAGUAGAAGCAAAUGCUACUGCGUUAGUUCUGAAAUUGGUUCAACUACCUGCUCCGUCUACUAUAAUUGGUUCUAGUUGCUCUUGGCAAGCACUUUUUAAAAGAUUGCUCAGCGUAUCGAUUAGAGUUCAAGGUAAAGGCAUGGCCAAAACUUGGAUGGCUGAAUUCGUAUUUCACGGCAGUCCUUUGUCUAGUAAUCAUCCAAAGGAACAAGGUCUUCGGAGACCGGUAUAUUUUCAGUACGAAAUGGGAACAGCGGAUACUAUGUCACGUACAGUGGACGCACUGCUUAACGAUUGGGCACAAAUUGUACACCUCUAUUCGUUGGUUCAUGAUUUAGCAGAAUACUUUAAAAUGGAGAAAUACAACCUGCGCAACAUGGUUAGUAUAAAAUCAUACAACUACAGUAAAUUAGUCCUGGCGUAUGGUGCUAAUCGUGGAGCAACUGUUACCAUACAAUGGAACACAAACGAUAAAGCGUUCAAACUGAUUUUUGGAAAGAGUCCAACAAGCACUGUAGCUAAUGCGCAUUCCAUUAUGAAGGAACAGCUUGAAGCUCAUUUAAAUAGGCACAGAAAUUUAGCACAACUUAUACAUAUUCUCCAUGAAACACUUCAGCCACUUACAUCUAUUAGCAAACUACCUAUGAUUCCACAACUUUGUGUUUACAAUUUGCGACCUCAAAUACCAGUACAAACUUUUACUAUUAUGCCGCAGUGUGUAACCCUAGUGAGAAUUGCAUAUCAGGGAAUGUACUGUUUAGAGCUGCGGUUACGUGGAGGUGGUUUGAUAAGCCUCAGGGAUGGAGCUUACAGUCGCUUCGAUAGGAGUUACGUCGUCGACGAAUUUACACCAACGCAAGGACUGAAGGCCUUUUUGUCUAAAUACGUAGACGAAAGUGCAGUUUUCCGUAGAAGGUCUCAGUCAGAAGAUGACAAUCCUCCUUCUCCUGUAACGAUGGACAGCGACGGUGGCAGUGGAAGUGGAAAUGUAGGUUUCCUGAGUCAUCAUAGAAGUGGCCCACAAUCACCUGCACAGCAAAGGGAUGGAUUAAGGUUUCAUCCGCCACUCACUCCACCUUCUGGCAGCAAUCCUCAUACGCCAGCUAGCCCGCAUACUACCAAUAUAUCACAGACGAAUCAGCAUCAGAGUUUUGGUAGCAGUCCGGCUACUUCCUUCAAUCUGGCUUCACCGCCGUCUCUUCCACCCAAUACACCCAAUAUGCUACCACAUCCCUCACCUGGCUCUGGAUUGGUUGCCAACAGCCCUUUGAAUCCAAUGCACGUCCCUAGUCCGGCUGGCUUGAUGCCUACGUCUUCACCAGGACCAUGCAGUAAUGUUCAGGUUGGGCAUUCUCCUGCAGGAUCCUUUAUGCAAACUGGGCACAUAGACGGAAGUCCUUUCCCAUCUUCACAAAGUAUGGCUUCGCCGGCAGCAUCCAAUUGGCCAGGUUCUCCCAACGUGCCAAGGCCGUCUCCAGCACGUCCAGCACAGAGUCCAGGACAUGCCGCGCUACAUAGUCCUCAAGCAUCGGAUCAUAAAACGGGAACGCAUAUUUCAAGAGUACUUCCGCAACGUUCGUGGGCCGGCGCGGUACCUACGUUACUUACUCAUGAAGCUCUGGAAUUACUUUGUUGCCCCUCUCCGCACCCUUCUGGACUUCCUGGUCCAGAUCUCUCUCCGUUAGAAAGAUUCCUAGGAUGUAUUUACAUGCGUAGACAGUUCCAACGCUUCAUACAGACAGACGAUUGUCUGACAGCAAUCAACAGUACAGAGCCAGGAGUAGUACAGUUCAAAGUAGAGAGCCUUCAAUGUCGAGUUGGUUUAAAUCCGCAGCACUUGCAGUCGCUUCACAUAAAAGUACAGCCUCUUCCGGAACAUAAAGAUCAGUGGACUCUCGAAGAACUACAAAUUAUAGAAAAAUUCUUUGAUACACGAGCAGCAGCUCCACCAUACAAACCGAAUACCCUUUCCGCAUUCGGUAGAAUGUUGAACGUUCCGUUUAAUGUCCUUAAAGACUUUGUACAAAUAAUGAAACUGGAAUUGGUUCCUGGGUUGGUGCAACAACAACAACUCAAAUGGAACGUACAGUGGUGUUUGAGGAUUCCUCCUUCGAGUACUCCGAUUGUACCCACUGGUAUGGCAGCUGUGAUUGUUUGUAGAAAUAAAAUCCUCUUCUUUUUGCAAAUAACAAGGAUCGGGUUACCGUAUCAGGGAGAGACACCUUCGUUAAUUUUACCGUUAGUUUAUGAUGUUAGUACAAAUCUAACACAAUUGGCAGAGAAAAGAGAUCCUAGUCCUGCUUCCGCCAUGGCUGCAGCAUCGCUCCAGUUGAAAAGAUUUGCUGAAUACGGUGCAAACCAAUCCGAAUGUUCUCUUUUUCCUGCUGUAAGAGACUUAUUAGCUAAUUUAACUCUUCCAUCGGAACCACCAGUUAUGCCUCAGGUGGUUCCGUCACCAGCAGGUGGACAGGUAACCCCGACUCAACAGAUCCAAAGUCCUGCAAUGCAGUUACAUUCUCCUAUGGCUGGAAACCAAGGUCCUCCGCAGGGUCCAUAUGGAAUUCAGGGUAUGCCACCAAUGGGAAUAAUGGGUGGCCCACCUCAAUAGGACCUACUUUACUCUCCUAGUCCCCUUUGUCUACCAAAUCAGACAACAUGGAUCAACUGAGUUGAAUCGCAAUAAUGUCCGUUUCGUAAGUUAGAUUUUACGGACUAAUCUGGGGAAUUUUAGGAGAGAAAAUUCAAAGAAAAAUGUUCUACGCGAAACCAGAUUGUGAACAUUACAGUUGUAAAAAGUAGUUUAGCUAACAGUUUGUUUAUAACGACUUGUACACAUAACAGGAAUAGCGUUUAAGGAUAAUCGAAGGACAAUUGAAGGAUAGAAGGAUCGAUGGAUUCGUUGAAACUGUAAUUUAUGCAAUUAAUAAAUUUACAUUUAAAGUAAUCCAUCUAUCCUUCGAUUAUCGAAUAUUAUUCGCGUACACUUAUUGCGCACUUUACUUUAACAUUAGAAUGAUCGCAAGAAAUCUUAUGAUGUAUAUUUUUUCAGAGUACAAAUUUUACAUUACACGAGUAAAUAGAUAUUUUAAAAUUUAUUAGACAUGUAGGCAUUCAUUUAAUUACAUGUCGUCAUGUAAUUGAUCUUCUUUAUUUUUAUCUUCUUGAUCACGAUUUCACGCGUUUAAUUUUAUUCUUUUGAAUGCUUACGACCAAAAUUUUUUAAUUCAAUGAAUUCCAGCAAUUUAUAUCUAUGAUAAACUAGAAAAUAUUUUUGUAUUAUAAGUAACAACUGUGAUACUAGGUGAGGUGUAAAGUAAAUAAAUUCUAUAACUACACUUGAAA